CUCGCUUCAUUUCUCACUCACUUCGACAGAGUUAGUGCAGAGUGUCCGAUCAUGACCGAGACCGCAGAAGUGGCUCCACCAGCGGCACCCGCCGCCACACCCAAGGCUGCCAAGAAGAAGAAGACGGCCGUCCGGAAAAAGUCAACCGGUCCCAAACUGGGCGACCAGAUCGACAAGAUUGUGGCCGAUUGCCACAGCCAGCGAGGGAUGUCCGUAGCCGCGAUAAAGAAGAGUUUGGCGGCCAGCGGCGUCAAUGUUGAUAAGCUGAGAAGUCAGAUCAGGUUGACCAUUAAAAGGAAAGUGGAUCGCGGCUCCCUGAUUCACACUAAGGGCAAAGGUGCCUCCGGCUCCUUGAAGGUCCCUAAAAAAGAAGGCGCCGGGAAAGUCGUGAAAAAAGUGAAGAAACCAGCGACCAAGGCAUCUAAGACCAGGAAGGCGGUGACCAAGAAACCUGCGGCCAAGAAAACAGGUGCCAAGAAAUCUCCCGCCAAACGCAAAGUGGUUAAGAAAACUGCGGUUAAAAAAGCGGCAGCUAAGAAAACAGCGACCAAGAAGACGACGCAGAAGUCCAAGAGCCCGAAGAAGGCCGCAGCCCCCAAGGUGGCCAAGAAACUGGCAAAACCCAAGCCGAAGGCAAAAUCUGUGAAAUCCAAGAAGACAGCGGCCAAAAAGUAAAUACAUGAAAAACCCGAAACCAAAGGCUCUUUUAAGAGCCACCCACAUCUCCCAGAAAAGAGCUGAUCCUGAAUCGCGUGAGUCCAGAUCCUGGUCGGUUUAGAUGCCAGUACGAACUAUUUCCAGAAAACCCGCCAUCCCCGGUUCCCCGCUGACAUUCGGCGUUGCCGUCCCUGUUCCAUCCCUAGUAAC